ACGGCUGCUUGCGCCAACAAGAACUUGAACGCUGCGAGUUUCCAUCCUCGAAGGGGACCAUGGUGCGGCCGGUGAGGCAUAAGAAGCCAGUAAAUUAUUCACAAUUUGAAACCUCUGACAGUGAUGAUGAUUUUGUUUCUGCAACUGUACCUUUAAAUAAGAAGUCACGAACAACAUCAGAGGAGUUAAAACUAGAAAAACCAAAACCUAAAGUGAAGACUCUCCCGAAAGAAGACCUCCCAGUACAAGAGAAAAACCCUAAAAAAAGGUUGCCUUUAGAUGACAAGCUCUACCAGAGAGAUUUAGAAGUUGCACUAGCCUUAUCUGUGAAAGAACUUCCAACAGUCACCACUGAUGUGGAGAAGUCUCAAGAUGAAAGCACUGAAAAACAAGUCAGUAGUGAAGCAGAAACAAAGAAUAAAUCUCCCCAUAUCUCUAAUUGCAGUGUAGCCAGUGAUUAUUUAGAUUUAGAUAAGAUCACUGAAGAAGAUGAUUUUCAUGGUGUCCAAGGAAAAAGAAAAGCAGCAUCUAAAGCUGCAGUACAACAGAGGAAGAUUCUUCUGGAAGGCAGUGAUGGUGAUAGUGCUGAUGACUCUGAACCAGACUUCGCAGCUGGUGAAGAGUCUGAGGAUGAUUCUGAUUUUGAUGAGAGUGAAGGUGAUGAUGAAAACUUCACUGUCAGGAAAAGUAAAGUUAAAGAAAUAAAAAAGAAAGAAGUAAAGGUCAAAUCCCCAGUUGCAAGGAAAGAAAAGAAAACCAAGUCCAAAUAUAAUUCUUUGGACUCUUCUCCUGCUGCCGUCAAACCAGAAUGUCAGCCCUCACCAAAAAAGAUGUCUCUUUCUUCAGAGGCCACUAGGAAACCAUUGCAAAUACUCAGUCCUUCAGCGGAAAGCAGGAGACCCAAGUGGAGCCCACCAGGUGCAUCCGGAAGGAGCAGUAACAGCAGCAGCCCACUGGCAGGGGUGUCUGUUAAGUCCCCAAAUCACAGUCUCCGCCUUGGCCUGUCCAGAUUAGCACGAGUUAAACCUCUGCAUCCAAAUGCCAGUAGUGGUUGAGUAUGAUAGCAAAGAAGUGUUUCAUUAAGUGAAUUAGUUUUAUGCAGGUGUUUCUACUUGAGGAGGGUAGUGUAAUAUAAAGGAAUUCUUUAACAUAUACAUGUACAAAUUAUCUCUCCCCAUUUUGUGGGUAUGUUCUCUGAAAAGCUAUUCAAGACCUCAGUUAGGAAUUAUCCUGUACUCUCACUUCUGCUCAAGAGCAGAUUCUGGUUUGUUUGUAGAAGUUAUGCCAUUGAGUGCUUGUCAGUUUGACUGGAAGCUCACAUUACAUGCUGUUCUUUUCUGGCCUUGUCUACUUUAUGACACCUUCACUUUACUGUUUAGAGUUUAUCUGGCAAGGGGGAACAUUCCCAUUUCUUCCAAGAGAUAUAUCUAAAAUUGUUUAAGCUGCACAGUCAUGUUUAUUGCAAGGAUUUUUCCUAUUUUAGUCAAAUAUUUUUAUAGUAAGAAUUCAGAAUUAUUUUCCAAAUAAAAACAGUAGUUAUGUUAUGGCAUAUUUCUCCACCUUAUGGUUAUUAUACAGCAAAUAAAAUUUCAUGACAAGUCCUCAUUGUCAAGACCUUUAGUAAAAGUGAAAAAGUUUUAACAUGCUCUUUUCCUUGACACUAAGCCUCCGUCUGUCUGAAUGUCUACAUUUCUUGGUAAAAUGAGUGUUUCACCAAAUAAUGUUAUUCUUAUUGUUGUAAAUAUGUCAAGAGCAGAGGUAGGGAGGAGACUGUUCGUAAAGCAUCACUUAUGUUAAGCCAGUGGGUAGCUGUGGCUUACUUACUGACUCCUGUUGUGAUGUGAGGUAAAAUGACAAUACAGCUUUUCAGGAAAUUUAGGUAUGAAUUCACUGUGAAUAAAACAGUAAUAGAUAUUUGAUAUUUAUGGUGAGAAUAGCUUGAACACUUUUCAAUAAAAACUCUUCAAAUCAUGUGAGCCAUUAAAAAAUGUGUGACAGUUCAGUUCUUGG